GAAUUGGGUGUGUUAAUGACUCAUUACUUUCAGUUUGAUUGGCAGUUUUGACGGAUACAAUGCUGCUAAAUUUGUAUGGCCAUGCUUCCGGUUUGGGUCUUCUUUUGUGUGGUGGUCUUUCCACUUUAUUAAAAUUAAUAUUUAACUUUUGUGAGCCAGAGACUUCAAUUUAAUUUUGUCUUACAGUUUUAAUUGGAUGUAUUGUGUGAUCUCAUAUCCAGGCUUUAAAGUAACCAGGGUGUCACUGCCUUCUCACAGACUGUAAAGGCGGAGAAUUAGAUUGUUAGAUGUUAAGAUGAUAUUUAUGUUGAAAAGGCGGGUUUGUGCUUUGAUAAGCCUGUUACCAUUUUUAAUUUGUGCUUCCUAUGCACAGCAGCCUAAUGGCAAUAUCCCUAAUUUUUCCUUUGCCUACUUUAGCCAGAACAACAGCCAGCAAUUGAUAUAUAUGGGAAACGCUUCCUUUUCUUCUGAGCAUGAUUAUAUCGAUCUCACACCCGAUCCAUACGCCACUUUGAACGUUUCUUCAAACGAAACGGCUCCAAAUGUGGCGUUGCAGAACCGCAUCGGAAGGGUUCUCUACCGCCAGCAAAUCACGAUGUGGCCGGCGAGUUUCACCACCGUCUUCACCACGUUCGUCAAAAACAUCACAACUAGUGGCACAGGUGCGCUCACCAAUUUCAAUGGCGACGGUCUUGCCUUCAUCAUUGUUCCGAAUAACAAAAGCUUUUUAGCAAAGAGCUACGGGGCUUUCCUCGGCCUCUUCGACGGCUCCACAAACGGAAACACGACCGAGCAGCUUGCCAUCGAAUUCGACACAUAUGCCAACGAAUUCGACCCGGACAACAAUCAUGUGGGCAUCGACAUCCAGAGCAUCACUUCCAACGUAACAGCCAAUAUGGGAGAGCACGGCAUGGACAUCAAGGCCGGGCGGGCUAUACAGGUGCGGGUGGACUACGACGGGUGGAAUAAAUCCCUGCAAAUCUAUGCUCGCUAUGCAAACAAUACUUCGGGCUACGCAAGCAUUCUGAACCACACGGUGGAGCUGGAAAAAACUGUUCCAAGAUCGGCAUAUGUGGGAUUUUCUGCGGCAACAGGGAAUUCAUACGAGAUACACAGAAUUCUCGACUGGAAUUUCAGUUCCGUGACGUUACCGGAAUCUUCUCUGGAUUUGUCUCCACUGGGAACCCCAGGAGGAUCGGGCGGUGGAGUCAAUAUAGGCGUCUUGGUGGGAUCCAUUACAGGUGGAUUAGUCGUGGUGGGAUUAGUAACCUCAUGGUUCGUGGUUAGAAGAAUGAAAAAGAAGAAUCAGGCUAGAUCAACUCUUAACAGAGAAAGCUUCAGCGGGGAACUAGCAGCGAUGCAAAACGCACCUCACAGGUACUCAUACAGGGAACUUGCCGCUGCCACAAACAACUUCAGCGAAGCGGAGCUUUUGGGAACCGGCGGGUUCGGGAGCGUCUACAGAGGAAACCUUAGCGCCGGAGGGAACGAACAGGUAAAUCUGGUGGCGGUGAAGAAAAUUUCGGCCAAGUCAAGACAGGGGGAAAGGGAAUUCAUCUCGGAAAUCAGCACCAUAGGCCGCCUACGCCACCGGAACCUGGUGCAGCUUCAUGGGUGGUGCCACGAGCGCGAUGAGCUUCUCCUUGUCUACGAUUACAUGCCCAACGGAAGCCUGGAAAAAUUUGUCUACGACAGAAGUGGGGACACGCCCUUGAAUUGGCCGCGCCGCCACAGGAUUUUGUGCGGCUUGGCUUCGGCUCUACUGUACCUGCACGAAGAAUGGGAGCAGAGGGUCAUUCACCGGGAUGUGAAGCCCAGCAAUGUGAUGCUCGACGGGGAAUUCAACGCCCGCCUUGGGGACUUCGGUCUGGCCAGGUUUAUCGAGCACGAUGAUACUAAUCCGGCUGUGACGACCCGACUGGCGGGUACGCCCGGGUACGUUGCGCCCGAGUGCAGCUACACGGGCAAGGCCACCGCAGAGUCCGACGUCUUCAGUUUUGGGAUCGCGCUAUUAGAGGUUGCCACGGGUCGGCGAGUGGUGGACCGCAAGUCUCCAUUGGCUGAAGGGAAUUUGGUGGACUGGGUUUGGGGGCUUUAUAGCGAGGGGAGAGUUUUGCAGUGUAUGGAUCGCAACUUGGAAGGAUCUGAUUAUGAUGGAGAAGAAGUACGAAGGGUGUUGAUCUUGGGACUCGCCUGUUCGCAUCCUGAUCCACAGUUACGCCCUACCGUCAGGCAAGCCCUUCAAGUGCUCAUAAACCCUAAUGAAGAGCUGCCACAGCUACCUUCCAGCAGGCCACUGGCGAUCUAUGUUGUUUUGCCACCGGUUGGAGCUGUGUUUUCUCAGACUUCGUUGUCUUCAAAUAUGGGUGGAGGUGCCGCAUCGUCUAGUCUAAUGGCGGAAAGUAGCGUAGGAUCCAUUACUACUUCGCUACAUCAGGGUAGGUAGUAUUAUUGUACGGUUGUCUUAAUUGUUUUGUCGUCUCCUUUUGUAAUCAUGUCGGUUUAUGCUACACAUUAGUUUUGUUUACCUGUUUGUUUCUAAGCUUCCUUGUCAAACAUGUUUAUAUGAGUAUUCAGUAAUUUUAAUAUGUAGAUCUUAUGAACAGAG